AUGGAUUCUAAUACAAACGCUAAAGACACUGCCACGGCCCACCAGGUAGAGACUACGGGAAAUGCCGGCACGAGAGAAGCGCUGGAGACCAAAUAUAGCGGUCUUGGACGAUCGGGAGUUGUGAAGACUUUCUGGAAGGCUACUCUCAUGUGCAUGAUUCUCAACUGGGCGGCACUUAACGAUGGAUUCCAACAGCAAAUCCCGGGUAACGUUAUUCCGAUGCAGGCCUUUGUCGACCAAAUGGCGGAUACUACAAUGGAUGGCGCACCAGCCAUUAGCGCCCAGGUGGUUUCCUACUGGCAGGGAUUUCCCGAGAUGUCAAAGACGUUGGGAAUGUUUACUGGUGGUUACUUUGCCGACCGUAUGGGCCGAAAGCCUGCACUCAUCGGUGCCGUCGUGAUCCUUCUUGGCGGCUCGAUCGCUCAGAUCACAGCCUUUGAUUGGAAGAGUUGGCUUGGAGCAGCCGUUCUCGUUCGUCUGGGUGUUGGUCUGGCCCAAUCUGUUCUCAUCGUCUAUGUUUCCGAGCUUUCGCCGCAUCAAAUCCGAGGUGUCAUGAUUGGUGCUUAUCAGCUCUUCAUCGCUGUCGGACAACUUUUGAGUGCGGUUGCAACUCAGAUUGUCGAGACAACCCAGCCAGGGAAAUGGAGGCCUCUAAUUGCUUCUGAAUUUGUAUUCACAGGACUACUUCUACUGAUGAUCUGGUUCGUGCCCGAGUCCCAUGUCUAUUAUGCGAGAAAGGGACAUCACGAAAAGGCCAAGCAGUCCAUGGUUAGCCUCUACGGAACAGCGCCCGGUUACGAUGUUGAACACGAAUACCGCGUCGUUCAAUCCGGCAUCGAAGCCGAAUUGGAGCUAAGUGGCAGUAGCCAUAACAAGGCCUUUUUUGAGAUUUUCAACCACCUCAACUGGCGCAGGACCUUGGCCGGGUGUAUGGGCAUCUGCAGUCAAUGGACAGCAGGUGCCCCGAUCGUGUUUGCAUACUCUACAUACUUCUUCAAAGUGGCAGGCAUUCAAAAUCCUUUCAUUGUCACCAUCAUUACAUAUGUUUUGCUGAUUGUCUCCAUCUCCAUCUCCUUGGUUUCAUGCGAGUACAUCGGCCGUAGGCCUCUCCUUGUCGGGGGCUGUUUCCUCAUGUGCAUCUUCAAUGUGGGCCUCGCCACAACUGGGUUUUUCAAAACAACAGCAGCUGAAAAGGGUGCUUUGGCGUUUCUGCUGCUUUGGGUCAUCUGCUAUGGCUUCUCUGCUGGCCCGAUCGGGUUCGUGGCGGCAGGAGAAACCUCGACGCCCCGUCUGAGAGCCCAGACGACUUCGUUCAAUCUGGGUUGUUAUGGUGUUGGCUUUGUCGUUUUCCAGUGGACCGUGGCAUACAUGAUCAACCCUGAUGCCGCAAACCUGGGCGUUAAGGCCGUCUAUGUCUGGGCCGGACUCUUGGUUCCUACGACCAUAAUUCUCUACUUUUUAUACCCUGAGACUUACGGCCGAACCUAUCUGGAGCUUGACGAGCUUUAUGAACGAAGAAUCCCAGCUAGAAAAUUCAAGAGCACUCCGACCACGGCAGACCAAAGUGGCAACAAGAAACGGCCUACCACUUCCACUGCCGCAUAG